UUGAGUCCACCUGAGUAUCCAGGGAAAUAACACUGAGCGUCCAGGGACAUGCUUCAAAGCAGGACCUCUCAGUGAAGCUGGACGAGCUCCUUUCCUCUACUUCUAUUGGACGGCUCUGUAUCCCUCCACUAUUAAUGUACAAUAGAAAUAGAAAUAUGACCAACGCGGCAGUUUCUAAGCUUCUUAUGGAAGCGCUUAACUUGGAAAAAACUCCUCUUGUGGAAAGAGCCCACCGUUCUCUGGCACCCAAACCGAAACCUGGUGGAGCACCGCGGCCCAUCAUCGCGAGGCUUCACAACUACGCAGACUGUGCCAAUAUCCUUUCGAAAUCCAGGAGGCGUCAACAGCGAGCUGCAGCCAAUAACAUUGAAUUCUCUGUUUUUCCGGAUUUUACAAUCCGUAAACAGCUUCUGGGCAUCGAAGGAGUUCGGUACGGACUGUUUUAUGCUGCACGUCUCCGGAGAACAAGCGAUGGGAGGCAUCACGACUUCACUUCUCCUGACGAGGCCAUGAAAUUCAUCUCCAGACUGAAGAAGUAAAGUCGGUGGUAACUUCCUGUGAGGAGCUUUCAGAUGGGGGCGUCUGCUUCCUAUCACCACCACUGUGAACAGUUCUGACUUGCUGAAUGAAAGGAGGCUGCAGCAAGGAGGAGGGUGUAUCUGUCGUUCUCUCCUUCUUCUCGAUCAUGAUGCUCUCCGUUUCGAAAGCGUGAGGACUCGGCUCAUGAAGAAUGGAGGCCUUCAGGAUCGUGGUUGUCCUUCAAGCUCUCGUCUGCUGUGAAGCACUGCAGAAUCUCACCACCCCAAAAUCUCCAGACGGCAAAGAGUCUAAUCUGUACGUAUCCCAGACCUCCAGGCCGUGCUCCUGGACGGUGAGCUCUAGAGGAGAGAAUCAGAGUUUGGCUGUCUUCACUGAGGGGUCCCUGGACCCCCUCGCUGCUCACGUGUGUGAGACACUGGGCUGCGGGAAAGUCUACAAGAUCAUCACCAGCGCUGCAGAUCCCAAUGUGAGCUGCUUUACCAGCUGCAUCUACCACAACGACAUGCUGAAGAACUGCAGUCAGGCUGCGGGGGGCAGCUGCAGAGCCGUGUCUGAGGUCGUUUGCGCUGCUCCCUACAUCACCGCAACAUCCGGCUACUGUGUCUGGAAUCUUAGAUCUCUGCAAAACGAACCGGCCGUUAUUUUGACCGAAGAGGCCGCACGCAGACUGUCCAGCGAGGUCUGUCAGAGUCACGGCUGUGGAGAUGCGCUUCCACAGAGCAGAACCAGAGUGCCACCUAACAGCACCUGCCUCACGGGCUGCGUCUACCACAACCUCCACCUGCGGAACUGCUCCACGGUGGUGAGCAGCGACUGCACACAGCUUUCUACAGUGGAAUGUGGUAACCACUUGGCCCGACUGAGUGGAGGAAGCCAUCGCUGCAGUGGGCGCGUGGAGCUGUGGCGAGGGGGCCAGUGGGGCACAGUGUGCGAUGACGAGUGGGACAAAAAGGACGCCGAUGUUGUUUGUGCUCAGCUGGGCUGUGGAUAUGCCAUCUCAGUCUCAGGGCAGGGGCAGCCGUACGGCCAGGGCAGAGGGCCUAUUCACUUGGAUGAGCUGAACUGCACAGGAAAAGAGAGGAGUCUGUGGGAGUGUCCUGCAGUGAAGGAACACCAUGACUGUGGGCAUAAAGAGGACGCUGGAGUGGUGUGUUCAGAGUACAAAGCUCUAAGGCUGACCGGAGGGCUGGACCGCUGCUCAGGCAGAGUGGAGAUCCAUCGCAAUGGAUCGUGGGGGACCGUAUGUGACGACUCCUGGGCCAAAGAAGAAGCAUCGAUGGCCUGCGGCAUGUUGGGCUGUGGGAGUGCAGUACAGUUCACUGGCUUUGAUGAACCUUUCAGCCAUAAAAAUGGAACACGCUGGUUUUACAUGUGUAAAAAGCCCUUUACAAACCUGUGGGAGUGUACAGAGUAUGCUAUAGUCAAAUCCCACAUGUGCACUGAAAUUAAAGCAGCGGGAUUAGUUUGUAGCGACUCUCAGGGUCUGCCAAAACCUACCAGUCCGAAGGCAACUACACCUGCAUUAACAACAGUGCCAAUGACCACAGCAGGACCCAUAGGCUUCUGGACUCUGGAGCUGCUGGGCUGCAUCGGACUGUCCUGUGCUCUUUUGAUUGCGCUCAUCACAAACGUCAUCCUGUGUUGCGUUGCUAGGAAAAAAAGAGCUCUCAAGGUUCAGCAGCAAUAUGCCAGUCUACAGACGGCUGCAGGGGCUGAAGAGAACAACUACAGAGACGGCAUCCACCUCGUUAAGGUCACCAAUAAUGAACCCCAACUCGGCGCUCAGAUAGUGCCCCCGCAGAUGUGGACUCAGAGCAGCGUUGAGAGCGGGGACACAGACUACGAUCCGAGUGACAGCGGGCCGGACACACCCUUCCCCCUGUCCACCUUCCGCAACUCUAUGCGGUACAGUGCGGAGAGCCGGAAUCCGGCUCUGAAAGGCGCCAACCUGCACUGUGUGACUGAGGAGGAUUCAGGAGCUCCUGGUGAUGCUGCAAUGCAAGGACACCAACAGCAGCCCUACACAGCCAACGGCACAUUCCACGGCCUCACUGCUGCCCCGAGUGAGGACUCGUUUGAUACCUCCAGCACCUCGUCGGGAGAGAUUUAUGAGAAUACAGGCCUCAGCGAGAAUUAUGAAAAUACUGGAGAUGACAGAAAUGACCUGCAAACUGCAACGCUGCCCUACCCGGACCCUCCCAGCUACAGUACUGAGAACCUCCUCAACCAGCCUGAUGACUCGCCCCAAAACCAGAGCAACGGCUUCAUAUCCAACCAGGGGUUCGGCGUGAAGCCGAGCUAUGAAGACGAUUCCCCCAUAUACUCUCCCGUCAGCGCCGACGUGGACCCCUACACCUCCGACAGCGACUACGACGAUGUCGGCUGCUUACAGAGGCCUCACUAAUGACCUGACUUUAAAACUCACCUGUUUUAUGCUGAUGCCUGAGAACCACACACCCUGUCCCUACAUGCACAUUCACAUCUCUGAUUUAACUCUUUCUUUAUUACAAGUUUGUCUGAAUCAUUUCUGCAAGAAACAAAGUCUGAGAGGGGACUGAACACAGUGAAGGACUGUUCAGUACUGAGUGCUGGAGUGGAUUCACGUCCAUCGCCUGACUUCAUAUUUACAUUCUUUGCCAUGUAUAACAUAAGACGUGCUCCUAAACAGCACCUUCUCUCGGAGUAUCUAUAAAUAAAUACAUAAAGCUGCACAUUUAAGGCUGGUGCCUGUUACAGAUUGAGGCCUGGGCUGUCGAGCGUCGUGAAAAGACGUUAUAUUGAGAAACUCAGCCGCUGAAACCUGACAAAGAUGUUCAUCUCAAAGCAAUUCUUACACAUUUGUAAACAUUUUGAGCACAAAUGUCUAAAAUCUGUAUUUUUCUAGCUGUAAAUGUAUAAACCUGUUUCAAAGAA